GGACCACCCACGGACCAUUUACCAUACAUGUACCAACAAAAGUCAGAAAAAGUCAGAACCACGUGUAUGUCGUAGCUGAAUUCAGAUUGAUACAUUCCGCCCUGAAUGAAAUUAUAGAAUGGCAGAUUCGGCGAAGACUUCAGCUCCAGGGAAGAGCAUAGCCGUGGAAGAGCUGCUAAAGAGAAUAUUUGAACAAUGUCAAAAACAUGCUCAGGAGGGUGACAAGGAUAGCGAUGACGAGAUAUCCGACGACGAAGAAUCAUCCGAGUCUAACGAUGAUGAUCUUGUGGAGAUAGCGUAUUCAGCAGCCUUGGGUACAAUAAAGCCGUAUGACUAUGAGCCGCUGGUCCCGGAAGCUCAGGCCAAGGCCGACGCUGAAAAACGUGCCAAGGAGGAAGCAGCUGAGGCAGCGAUGGCGUACCGGCUUGGAAACAACGACUGGUGUUCCUGUGGGGGUUGUCAAGCAAUGCCAACGGUAAAGGAGUCUGUAUGCUGCAAGGAAGUUGAAAUGAUCAUCAGAAAAAUGAAUGCAUUUGAGGCUGAGCAAUAUGGCCUGAACUGCAUAACGGAACAUCCAGGAUUUCAACCUGUGUGUUUGAACAAAUAUGUUCUCGAGACGGCGCUCUACCAGUUCCUUCAGGAGUUCAAGAAUGCAUAUAUUCACAAUGACACUGAGAGAUACCGUAACCUUGCUCACCGGCAGCUAACGAGGUGGUGCUGGCAUUUCCUCAGUCGGAAUCUGAGUAAGAUGGUCACUAUCCCAUCGUGUGCCCUUGUAAAGAUCCACCAGGCUUUUCCAUAGGUCAAAUGUACCAUUGCUUAUAACCUCUUACAUUUUUGUUCUGUAAAAAGUUAAAGGUCAAGUCCACUCCAACAAAAUGUUGAUUUGAAUCAAUAGAGAAAAAUCAGACAAGCACAAUGCUGAAAAUUUCAUCAAAAUCGGAUGUAAAAUAAGAAAGUUCUGACAUUUCAAAGUUUCGCUUAUUUUUAACAAAAUAGUUAUAUGAACGAGCCAGUUACAUCCAAAUUAGAGAGUCGAUGAUGUCACUCACUCACUAUUUCUUUUGUUUUUUAUUGUUUGAAUUAUACAAUAUUUCAAUUUUUACGAAUUUGACGAUUAGGACCUCCUUGCCUGAACCACAAAGUGUUAAAAUAAUGGAAUUCCACGUAUUCAGGGAGGAAUGAAACUUCAUUUCACAUGACAAUGAUGAGAAAAUCAAAAUAUUUCAUAAUUCAUAUAAUAAAAUACAAAAGAAAUAGUGAGUGAGUGAUGUCACCAGUUCCCUCAUUUGCAUACCGACCGGGAUGUGCAUAUAACUCUUUUGUGAAAUGAAGCGAAACUUUAAAAUGUCAUAACUUUCUUAUUUUACAUCCGAUUUUGAUGAAAUUUUCAGUGUUAUGCUUGUUGAAUUUUUCUCUUUUUAUUCGAAUCAAGUUUUUGUUGGGGUGGACUUGUCCUUUAAGUACAAGAUAUUGAGAUGAAUAAAUGAUGUUGUUUAGGUAUUGACAGAAUUUAGUGUUCUCUUAAUGUAGGGUAUAAGCAUACAAGUUUAUGUCGUUGUUGUUGUCAUAAAAAAACCUGCAGAGGGAAAAGGAAUUUUGAAAACCAUAUUUGGAUUUCAAUAUUUAGGUAUGUUUCGUAGGCCUUCUUAAUUAUGGAGGACUCCAAUCUUAAUCAUAAAAAUGUGUAUGAAAGAAUAGAAAAUUAAGUAAAGAAUGAUAAUAGUUUAAAAGAAAUUGGACAAGGAACGAGUUAUUGCUGUAAAUUGUACAUGUACUUGUAUGUAAAUUUUGAAUCAUAGGCAAUCUUGUGUUGUGAGUUGUGACAACUGGUAGGGACAACUUUCCCAUAGCCAUUACUUAAUUAUCAGGGAUUUGUAGUUUUCUCAAAUUCUCAUGGUAGCUAUUCCCCUGAAAAUUGCAGUUUUAGAUCAAAACUCAUUUUGUAUUUUAUGACUCAUAAGAAAUAAGGUUCAUGUUCAAUAACCAGUUUAGGGAAAUCUUGUGAGGAAUUAUUUGAACUUGUAUGUGAUAACAGAUUUCUAUAUGACUGAGUAAAUUCUAAUCAUAAGGUAUUCAUAUGCUGCAAUGUUAUAGUACUAGGAAAUUUAGCAAGUAGGCCUACAUGUAUGCAUUUUGUUCAAUUUGAUAUCUUAUAUUCAAGAGAAGCAACUUGAAAAUGCUACAUAUUUACAUACAUAGUAACAGUCUAAAUUAGUGAUGAUAUGUUUGAUUUUUGUUAUAAGUUGAUUGAGUCUUUUGGUAGUUGCUUGAUUUCAGGCACAAACCCCUGUUUGGGUUUUUUUAAGCACUUGAUAUUGGUCUUAAAUAAUUAUUAAGUCUAGUAGAGAGGUACAGUAUUUUGCAUUUCAACUUGUGGUAGACUUUUUGUUGACUUUUUUUGUUUCCUUUGUGGUAGACACAUUUGUUGAUUGAAGCAUCAAGUGUCAAUUAGGGUUUUUGUUUGCAGAAUAGCCACUGCCAUUAAUGAUGUUUAAACAGUACUUUAUCACAUGACAAUUGCCAAAUGAUAAGUUCACUUGCCAAAUCACAUGAACAAUCUGUAAUAGGUAGUAGGUACAUGUAUUGUUGGCAAUGGGCUCUAAAAAGCAUAAACAAAGAGUAGAUAAGCUACAUUAUUAGAAUAAUGUACCAGUCUCUAUGUGCAUUUGCAUACUUUUUAUACUACAUAUAAAUGGCUGCUGUAUAUAUAUAUAUAUUGAGCUUCUAUUUUGCACCUUUAACAUUUAUGAAGUAUAUAUAUUUUUUGUUGAUCCAGUUUUUAUAUGAAAUUUGAAAAAAAAAAUACAGUAACGUUGUAAAUUAAAAAACAGAUUAAACAUGCUAUUGAGUUGCAGUCACUGAAAA